ACAAUUGAAAUUGUUAAGGAUAUGAAUGAAAAUGGUGAAUGGAGAUUGAAGCAUGAGGGAUCUAUUGACGGCAAAAUUGGGUGGCAACCUUCCUUUACUUAUUGCCUCACUACGGUUGUGAUUAGGUCUCCAACAGUGUUCUCUUGCGACGUAACAACUUGCAUUGCACCUACGCUACCUUGUAUUGUCAUGUUCAAGAACAAUUUCGUCAACUUUGGUCUCCCCUUUGACGAGGAAACUCCAAGAGGAAUAUUCCUCUCCAACCGUAGUCUGGCAGCUUCUUCGAACACCGGAGCUCAGCGUCUUUGGCAAAAUUGAGUUGAGUUUGGUUGGGCGAGUCACAACUUGGGUGGGUGAACUUGAGUGAUCCAAUCAACAAAGGGAAGACAAGGGGCCAAAAAAGCCUAAAACCAAAAUCCCCAAACAUUACCUGCGAGUGUGUGGAAAUAGCAAAAAUGGUGAACAAGAAGCUAUUAAGUCCUUUUCUCCUUUACCUAUCUC